UAUUAAUUACUAUCGAGAUCUAAAAUUGACCUUCUCCCAAAAUUUUGGAGAUUGUCAUCUUCAACAAAAUCAAGUUAGAGUUUACAUCGACUUUCUUCUAAGAUGUCCUCAAUGCAGGUUUCUAAUGUUAGACCAAGGCCGGCGGUUUCAAAGCAACCAAUACAGAAAGAUGAAUUAGCGACGGAAAGUAUCACUCCAGCUUCAACUAGAGGAACCGUGGUUAAUAAUCAGCCAGCAAUGCCUCUGUCCCCGUCGAGACGGUCGUCUUUCUCCCAACGAGCAAUAUCCCAGACUCUAACUGGCACGGCGAACCUCGCUAACCUCCUUCCGACGGGGACCAUCCUGGCCUUCCAGGUCCUCAUGCCAAUCUUCACCAGCAACGGCGCCUGCGACUCCGCCACGCGCCCGAUGACCCUCGUGCUCCUCCUCCUCCUCGCCCUCUCAUGCUUCCUCGCUUCCUUCACCGACAGCGUGAAAGCCUCCGACGGUCAGGUGUAUUACGGGUUCGUGACAUUUAAGGGGAUGUACUUGUUUGACUAUCCCGACCCGACCUGGUUGGGUUUGCCAGACUUGAGCAAGUACAGAAUCAGGUUGAUUGAUGGGGUGCAUGCGCUGCUGUCGGUGUUAGUGUUUGGGGCCGUGGCGUUGAGAGAUAGGAAUGUCGUGAGCUGCUUUUAUCCGUCGCCGGAGAAGGAGACAAAGGAGAUUUUGGAUAUUGUUCCAGUGGGGAUUGGGCUGAUUUGCAGCUUGUUGUUCAUGGUGUUUCCGACUCGACGGCAUGGGAUCGGGUACCCUGUUACUCCUGGCAAAUAAUUGAAAUAAUUGUUUUUCAAUUAUGUGCUUUAUUUUGUCUGUACUCCAUUACUAUUAUAGCUUAAAUUUAUUUACCAGAUUUGAUCUGUUAGGCAAUGUGAGUUUUAAGAUGAGUGUAUUUUAAUUUAGGAUUAUAAAUUUAAAUUUAUUGU